AUGGCAGCCUUCUGGUCUGAUGCCAGAAAUGUGUCAAUACACGACGGACAUGCUGAAAAUCAGGUGCUGCAAGAGCUCUUGCACUUGGUGGAACAGCCACUUCCAAAGUGGGUAAAGAAGGGACCUUAUCCGACCACAUGUAUCCAUCUCUCUUAUCUGGUCUGUGAGCUGACGAACCGGAAAUCAAGUCGUCACCAGACUCGGUCAAACAGGAACGAUGAACUUGCCUCAUUAUUCACUCUUACCCUCGAGAGUACGGACACGAUUCGAAGAUGUUGGAGUGACGGAAGGAAAGAAUACAUCGGCGCACACGUUAUUAUUUUGAUUACCAGCAUUUUCCGUCAAUUGAAUCCGGAUUGCAUCGCACUAGAAAACGCGUUCGUACCGCUUCCUAAACAUCCAGUCUGUGUGUCCUCAACUCCAGGACGACAAAAAAGCGGGGUCAUAUGCCUAAGGAAAGCGGGAAAAGAUUUGAAGAUGCCGCACGACCCUUACGGUCGUCGACAUUCUAACAAUCGACCCGGAUACUUGGUCCGCCUUGCCGGAACAACGCGUGAGAUGACUUCUUGGGUCUAA